AUGGAGGGAUUGGAUGAAUUUUUAGCAAAAAAUUUGUUAUUAUUAAAAAUUUUGGAGGCAGAAAAUGAGUAUGAUAUCAAUUUUUAUAAUGAUGAAGAGAUUAGUUGUUAUAUGAAGAAGAUAAACAAAAAAAUUGGUGAUUUAAAAAGAUUAUGUGAUGAGAUAAUUAAGAUUAAAAAUGAAAGAGAUCUAGAAACAAUAGAAUAUUAUAAAAAUGAAGAAGAAAUUGAAAGACUCUCAAAAUUAAAGGUAAAAAAUGAUGAAUAUGAUAAAUUAGAUAAAGAAUUAAAAAAAUUAGAAAGAGAAAAUGUUUGUACUUCUAGAGAUAUUGAAAGUAAAAAAUUUGAAUUAAAAAAAAUUCAAGAUGCGAUAGAAAAAGAAAAAUUAAGAAUUGAUAAAAGUAGAAAAGAAGAACAAGAAUUUCGUAAUAAAUCAAUUGAAAAAUGUCGUGAAAUAACUAGUUUAGAAGAUAAUGUUAAAAAAAUCAAAGAAAAAGAAAAACAAGUUGCUAAUAGUAUUUUAGAUGAUGAAAAAAAUAUUAUUAUGUUAGAAAAACAUUUAAAAAAUAUUUUAAAAAUAUUACUUAAAUGUCAACGUUCAUAUGAAGUCUGGAUUACUGAUCAUAAUGAGGAUAAUGAAAAAUUUUGGCAUUCACUUAAUUUAGAAUUAAAAAAUUUAAAAGAAAUUGAAAACAAAAUAACAAUGCCAGAAAAACAAAACGAUUAUGAAAAUAUGGUAAAUGAUAUUGAUUCUGAAAUGCAAAUAAAAAUUUUAGAUCAUGAACUUGAAAAUAUUUAUAAAAAUAUUAAUGAUGGCGUUAACCAAUUAAAUGAUAUAGAGAAAGAGAUUUAUCAACAUCAAUUAAAAAUAUUAGAUAAACAGCUUUUAUAUGGAGAAGUAAAGGCUUGCUUAGAUAUACAAAACAUAAAAGAAAAACGUCAACAACAAAUAGCUAUAAUUGAAAAAAUAUUACCUAAACCAACAAUUUAUGAAAUUUAUAAAAAUAAUCAGGUAAAAAAAAUUGUUCCAAUGAUAUAUACAGAUGAUAAAAAAGAUGAUAAUUCCGGUAAUUCUAAAGGUAAUAGUAAGAAAAGUGAAUUAGAAAAAAUUAAGGAAGAAAUAGAAGACAAUAAUAUUGUAAUUAGUAAUAUGGAACAAGAAUUUAAUAAUAAUUUAGAACUACGAAUGGCAAAAUUAUUAGCAGAAAAUGAUAAAGAUCUUUUACCGUUAGUUGAGGAACUCUCAGAAUGUAGUACAAAUUUUGAAACUAAAAUACCACAGUCUGUUUUAAUGCAAAGAAUCAAAUUUCUGAAAGAUAUUUUAGUAGAUGGUAUCACAUUAUUACAGGAUGAAAAAGCAAUUUUGCAAAGAAAAUUAUCACUUAUUACUAAUGAUGUUAAUGAUCACCAUUCAUCAAUUAAUCGUUUGCAAAAUAAUAUAUCACUAAAAGAAAAAAAUCUAAGCAAAUGUUUAAAAAAUAAAUCAAUUAAUGAAGAGAAAUAUAAAAAUAUUAUUGGAAAAAUAAUUAGCAAUAAUAAUGAGGAAUAUCAAAAUCAAUUAGAGGAAAUUGAAAAACAAAAACAAGAAAUUAAUAGGCUAAACAAAUUUUAUGAAUAUCUAACAAAACAACGUAAUAUAAAAAAAGUUGAAUUAAAUCAAAUGAAGGUAGAUAAUAGUAAUUUAUCAAAUAAAUUAAAGGUAGCAAAAAAAAAGUAUGAAGAAAAUAUUGCACAACGUCGUCAAGAAGAAAUGAUGGAAGAAAUGGUUACUCAAUUAAAUAAUGAUAUAUCAUUAUUAAAAAAUGAAAUAAAUGAAAAGGAAAAUAUGUUAAAAAAAUUGGAGGAAGCAAAUGAUAAAUUAAAAAAAGAAAUAAAAGAAAUAGAAUUGGAUAGAGAAUUCAAUAUUUUUUCUUAA